AUGACUAGAUUAUCACUUGCAAUUGUUGUUGCAGUAUGUAUAGUAUCGAUUGUUGGUAUUAAUGGCGAAAAGAAUUUGAAAAAGAGAGAUAUUCAGAUUGAAUUUGGAAAAGUACCAACUAGUGAUGUUAUACAAUGGUUAUGUGCUGGUAAUCCAUUUGCUUCUCUCAUCUCUAUGUGCAAUUCUUAUACAGCAACAUCAACAACCAAAGCACCUUUAACAUCUAGCACUGCAGCACCCCAGAGUUCAAGUGGUCCUACACAACCAAGUACGGCCGCUCAAGUUAGCACUGAUGCAACAUCAGCAACACCACUUCAAAAUGCUCAUUGGUGUGGUUUCUCAAAUGGUACGUAUAUUCCACUUGGCUAUUCAUUUAUGUAUACAGCAUGCGACUUAUGUCAAUGCACACAAUCACAUGUUAUUCGUUGUACUAAACUUCAAUGCAUGAAUACAUACUGUAUCGAUGAUUCUACUCCAAGUGUUCGAUCAGGUCAAUGUUGUUCACAAUGUGCAUAUGAUACCAAUUCAACACAAUGUGUACAAAACGGUGUACCUAUUCCACAUGGCGCAGUUGUUAAAAGUACAUCGGAUAAUAUUCUUUGUUGGUGUCAAUUAGGAACCAUCGAAUGUCGUAAAAGUUUAACAUCAGCUUUUUCAUCAUUAGAUUUAUGGGGUCAAGGUACAGCUAUAUACAUCGUUGUUAUUAUUUUAUGCGUAUUUUUAAUCUUUGGAACAUUACUCUGUGGUGGAUGUUCACUUCUUUAUUAUUAUUAUUAUUAUUAUUAUAAUCAACAAUCAGGUGAACAAGCUUAUUGGAAUAAUGCUGGUUGGCAACCAAUGGGUGAAGGAGAACAAGUUGUUGAUGGUGAUGCAGAAAAAAAACAAGCUGAAGCUGAAGGUGAACAAAAUCAAUAUGAACAAAAUUAUCCAACUGGUCAAUCAGAAGAAUAUGUUCCACCACCAUAUGCACUUUACAAUGGUGCUUAUGAAACUUCACCAGCUGAUAAAGAUGCAAAAUAUAUCUAA